AUUUCCUCAUUAUUAUAAUCCGACGGGACAGCAAUCCGACAGGACCGAAUAGAGUUCAGGCGCAGGACUAACGCCUUCACGUGAUUUCCGUGGCAUAAUUUUUUUUCAUAUCAGUUAAGUCAAUAAUGUUCAGUAACAGCUUGUGAAUGUCCCACUGCUGAGUUAAGGCAUCCUCUCCUUUUUUUUUGUGGAGGUUUCGAGCUUAUUCCACCACACUGUUCCAAUGCGGAAAUCAAUGAGCUACAACUGAUAAUAAGCAAAAUGCCUUUGGAAGUGUGCUCUGUGACAGUUCUGCCAGAAUUUGGAGUGAGAUGGCGAGAGAUGACGCGAGCAGUACGCAAUUCGAGACUCCCUAUGGCCCCGACUAGUGUAGCAAGGGUGCUGUGCAGACAUGUCGGAAAGUCAUUACCAAGUGAGGAGAUUGCUGAAAUUGUUGCCAGGCUGCGGUUAAAAUUGGUAGCGAUGCAACGUAGGACCUGGCAUGUUAUUAAAUUGUCAGAGCAGUUAUCUGAUGAGCCUGUUAAUGUGAUGGCGAGGCUGUUACCAACGAGAGUUGUGCACGCUCUCCGUGGAAUCAAGAGUCACAGAUUCAUGAAACCAGAGGUGCAAACGGUGAAACACGGUGAUUUAAUAUAUAUAAGUAUUCAAAUGAUGUCCGAUACGAGGGAGGGGAGUGUGCUGUUCGUGGCGACCCCACCAGGCGAGCCGGUCGCCUUGGUCAGUUCACUGCGUUCGAAUUUGCUUCGCGCUUGCGUACAAGGACUCGGUUACAAGAAGUACGAAGAUGCAAGUUUAAACGGACGGGAUGUCCACUCGCUACUUCGCAUUUACAAUAGAAAUCACAACGAACACCCAGACUUUCUGGCCAACCUCCCCGAGUACAACAUCCUCCCGAUCACAGCCAGAAGUGGUAUAGACUACACCGGUAGGAAGAUGGAUGAGGAGUACGCUAGCCAGAUCCUAGGAUCGGAUCCACCACAGCUGGCCAGAUUGACAGUUAGCUCCGAAAAAGAGUUCUUUGCGCCUGAAAGAUUGAAUAAGAAAAUGAAAUUGACACUCCAGUUGAAAAGCGAAGACAUUGCAAAGACUUUACAGUUUUGGGCGGCAAAAGGCGCCAUCUUGCCGACAUCUGACCUCUUUCAAAUAUUUCAUAAAAUAAAAUCGAAUAAAAUACAUAUAGAAGCGGACGACGAAUGAUUUAGUUAUAUUAU